GCCCUGCGGCCCCUCCCGCCGCCGCCGCCGCCGCCGCCGCGAUGGUGCCGCUGUGGCGGUCCCGCUGCCUCGGCCGCGCGCUGGGCCGCUCGCUGCGCGCCUUCCGACAGCAAAUUCUAUUGGAAAUCUGUUCCAUCUUAAAGAGGAAGGUGUGCACGAGAAGGUCAAAACUUCUGGAUCCAGAACUGGAAAAUGCGAGCACCAAAUUUAACAUCACUGCAUCAUAAAGCAUCCUGGGAGGAGACAAAGGAUAAAGAAGGGCAUAGAUGUUCUCCUGCUCUAGCACACUGUGGGAAAGUGGCAUGCCUGCAGACUGGAGCAUGGGAAUGGGGAACUGUACUCUGGCAAGAUGCCCUCUGUCUGGUGCGUCUGGGAGCCAAGGACUGGCUUACACAAACAGCAAGAAGCUUGUAGUAAAUAGCUCCAGUGUAUUCACUGUCCGCUACUUCAGAACCACUGCAGUACAUAGGGAUGACGUGGUUACGGUGAACACACCAGCCUUUGCAGAGUCAGUCACAGAAGGAGAUGUCAGGUGGGAGAAAGCUGUUGGAGACACGGUGGCGGAAGAUGAAGUGGUGUGUGAGAUUGAAACAGACAAGACAUCAGUGCAAGUUCCAGCCCCAGCAGCUGGUGUGAUUGAAGCCCUUCUGGUACCCGAUGGUGGCAAAGUGGAAGGGGGGACACCUCUAUUCAAACUCAGGAAAACUGGAGCUGCUCCUGCCAAGGCUAAACCAGCAGCAGCCCCUCCUCCUCCUGCAGCCCCUGAACCUGUAGCUGCGCCUGCUCCUCCCCCUGCUGCAGCACCAAUUCCCACUACAAUGCCACCAGUGCCGCCUGUGUCAACUCAGCCCAUCGACAGCAAACCAGUGUCUGCUGUGAAGCCGGCUGCAGCCCCAGCGGCAGCCCCUCCUGGGGAGGCAGUGCCCACCAAAGGUGCCAGAUCAGAGCAUAGGGUGAAAAUGAAUAGGAUGCGUCAGCGUAUUGCUCAGCGGCUGAAAGAGGCUCAGAAUACUUGUGCCAUGCUGACCACUUUCAAUGAGAUUGAUAUGAGCAACAUCCGGGAGAUGAGAGCUGUACACAAGGAUACCUUUCUGAAAAAGCACAACCUGAAGCUAGGUUUCAUGUCAGCUUUUGUGAAAGCUGCAGCCUUUGCUCUGCAGGACCAGCCUGUUGUGAAUGCAGUGAUUGAUGACACGACCAAAGAGAUUGUGUACAGGGACUAUGUGGACAUCAGUGUUGCUGUAGCAACUCCCCGGGGUCUGGUGGUCCCUGUGGUUAGGAAUGUAGAAAACAUGAACUUUGCUGACAUAGAGCGUGCUAUCUACGAGUUGGGGGAGAAGGCACGGAAGAAUGAACUGGCCAUUGAAGACAUGGAUGGUGGCACUUUCACAAUCAGCAAUGGUGGGGUGUUUGGGUCACUCUUUGGAACACCUAUCAUUAACCCACCCCAGUCUGCCAUCUUAGGCAUGCAUGCCAUCUUUGACAGGCCUGUGGCUGUGGGAGGCAAGAUCGAGGUGCGGCCUAUGAUGUUCGUGGCGCUGACCUACGAUCACCGGCUCAUUGACGGCAGAGAGGCCGUCACCUUCCUGCGCAAGAUCAAGGCAGCGGUGGAGGAUCCCCGCGUGCUGCUGCUCGACCUGUAGGGCAGCCACACCCCCACACAACCCACCCGGGACAGGGCCGCAGCACCAG